AUAUGGUGAUAUUGAGGUUAUCAUAUUUAUACAAUACCUAGCUGUUUUUCAAUCUUCAGUCAAAAUUGGAUCAAUAAGAUGGGGUUCAGUGGGAAACAAGCGUGGAAACAUGGUAUCCGUAUUGCCGCCGGGUGCCUAAUGGGAUCAUCGUUUGGAAGUGCAAUACGGGCUGUAGCAAAUAACAGGUGGGGAGUGGCUACUUUUCAGAAUUCAACGGUCAAAUAUGAAGGAAAUAUUGGACUGUGGCAAUUUUGUGGUGGCUUUAAUGGUACUGCAAAGACAUGCCAAUGGACAAAGGACAUGGACUUGCCUCAGGCCCACAAGGCGGCCAUAGCCAUGAGUAUGAUAGGGUUGAUACUGAUGGUUAUCGCCUUCGUUUGUCUCAUGAUAACAUGGUGCACUGUCUACGCCAAGAAGUCUGGCCCCCUUGCUAGAUACAGCAUCAUUUCAAUAGCAGCAGUGUCAUUGCUAGCAGUUGUAUGCUUUCUGCUUGCAAUGGCAAUCUUUGGCACAUUUUUCGAAACAUGGCAAAAAUUCCAUGACUACGGACCAGGAACGAAAAAAUUCCUCCUCACCGACGGAUUUUAUGCCAUUAUGGUAGCAGGCAUAAAUGGUCUUAUAGCCACGAUUUUUGUAAGAGUUUCUGCGCAAAGCUUGCUGGCAAGUGAAGAUCAGCUGCCUAUGAUACAUGUGAUUCCCGGGAAUGGUCAGGCUCCAGCGUAUGUAGCUCCCGCUACAUCCGUGUACCCAACCCAACAAUACAAUACAGGGUACAGUGGAGAAAAACAACCGGGCACAUACUAGUGUACGACUGAUUUUUAAAUAUACAAUAACAUCACUAAGGCACCC